AAUACAUAAAAAUGUCCAAUGCUGCUCACAAACACUGGCAAUGAAGCCACAAUCUCGUGCAGUUUACUCAAAUAACGUAAUUCUGGGGACUUUGUUUAUGUAACGUAAAGCAACAGUUUCUUAUCGACAAAUAUCAACGCACCAAUAUCAAGCUAGCUAACGUCCGUGAAAAUUGUUACCGCUUCUGUUAAUGCUAAAGCUAGCCAUCAAAGGUACGGCUGCCAACACGUUAUUUUAGAUUCAAGCAACGUAAGCUAACAUUAAGUUUGCCCGUCGAUUCAAGUGUCACAAGUAUCACGUUACACAAAAAUGCAAACACUUGCAUGCAACUAGGUAAAGGGCGCAUGGAUAACAGCAUGAAAAGGGGAAAAGUUUUAGGUAGCAACAGACAAUUCAUUAACGUUAGGUAACGAUAAUCACUGACGGGCCUGCAUUACCGAGGCUAGCCUUAACAUUCAUUCACAGAUCACUGCAGCUAGCUAAUGACUGAUAUCGAGCCAAAGCCGCAGUUUCAGCCUUCACUCAAAGGGGGACAAAGCCCUUUAACUUCAUCUUCAGCUAAACCUGCUUCUGAGUCCCUGGCCCAGCCUUUGAGCUACGCAGAAUUCGUCGUCCAGGGUAAAAGCAAUGUGGUUGUUCCUUCUCAGAGAGAGAGUCCCUCCAAACUGCUCAGGACUGAAGGUAUUGGAGUUAGCAACCUGAAGCAAGGUGAGUCAGCUUCGGUCCCGUCUGCCGCAGGAGGACGUGAGACAGUUCAGGACUGUGUUAAAGACACUGGAUGUGGAUCUAAAGCUGUCGAGAAGAGUGAUGAGACACAGAGAUCUGGCACAGACCAAAAAGAGGGGAACUGUCAAAGUUCAGAUCCAAACCUCAACCUGGGUCCCAAACCAGUGGGUUCUGGGAGCAGCAUUAUUGUCAGUCCUCGGCAGAGGGGAAAUCCCAUUCUGAAGUUUGUGAGAAGUGUCCCAUGGGAGUUUGGAGAUGUUGUGCCAGAUUAUGUCUUAGGCCAGACAACUUGUGCUCUAUUCCUCAGUUUGAGGUAUCACAAUCUCAAUCCAAACUAUAUCCAUGACCGUCUCAAGCUGCUUGGACAGACUUUCACCCUGCGAGUGUUACUGGUACAAGUGGAUGUGAAAGAUCCUCAUCAUGCGCUGAGGGAGCUGGCUCGCAUCUGCAUCAUGGCUGACUGCACUCUCAUCUUGGCUUGGAGUCCGGAGGAGGCAGGGCGAUACCUGGAAACAUAUAAGUCAUAUGAAAAGAAACCAGCAGAUGUACUGAAGGAGCAAGUUGAAAAGAACUAUCUGUCAAAGGUAACAGAUUGCCUGACCACUGUUAAGUCUAUAAACAAGACAGAUGCCAUUACCUUGCUGUCCACUUUCUCUUCUGUACAAGGAAUCAUGAGUGCCUCAAAGGAAGACUUGGUUCUCUGUCCAGGCCUUGGACCACAAAAAGCAAAGCGUCUCCAUGAUGUGCUGCAUAAACCCUUCCUCAAGUCGAAGACAAAAGACAGCUGAAAAUUCUCACUAAGGACGCGAGACAUGUUUUUUAAAAAAAGACCCCUGUUAAGUUUGUCAUCAUGUUUGAACAGUGUGCAAACACAUAAACGCACUUCAGAGGACGGAAUUGAAUACUGUAAACUUUUAAUGUACUGAGGUGAAGAAAGACCUGUAACGUGACCGUUGUGAUAUUAUUUGUGUAUUGUUGAAUUCAUUUUUUUAUGAAAAUAAAUACUUUGUAAUAU